AACCAAAAACAAAGAGAAACCUAGUACUAAAAUACACAAUGAAUUGCAUGCAUUACGCAACAAGCGAUGUAGGUACGACAGUCAUCUUUGUUUGUAAAACUGUAAACCAUCCGGGAAAAGCUUCCAUUAGGGAACCAUGGUGUCUACAUAUAAUGUAAUAACACACAAUGUGGUGAAGUUAAUUCAGAUAAGAGUUUGUUAGGUGUUUAAGAAAGGUGCAGUAAUAGCGAGGUAGUGGAUUUCAUUGGAAAAGAUAGUCUUACUGUGUUGCAUCUAAAGAUUUAUUUAUUCUUUUCCUUUACACAGUUGUAGUAGGUGCAAUAGGGAUAUUGUGAAGGUUUUUAUUUACUUCUUUCUAUGACUAGUAGUCAUUUGAAAUUUGUGUUUAAUAUUUAAUCACUGUUUCUACAACUGUUGUGAUCUAAACUGAUUAUGUUAUACACUAAUGUAACAAGGAUAAAAAACUUUUUCAUAACUGGAUUUCCUGGUCUUUUGCCAAAGUAUUAUGGUCCUGUUUCAGGUUUGCUUUUCCUGCUUUAUUUGGCUAUAGCUGGGGGAAACAUUUUUGUUUUAGUGUUUGUUAAACAUGAAAGGUCUCUUCACAAACCCUCAUAUCUCAUCUUUUGCCACUUGGCACUAACUGACCUAAUGUUUGGAACUGUGACUCUACCAAAGGCGAUAUCGUUAUACUGGUUUGAUGGGAAGUUGGUAUCAUUUUUCAGUUGUUUUGCCCAAAUGUACUUUGUUCAUUUCUUAGGAGCAACUCAUUCUUUCAUUUUGAUGGUAAUGGCUCUGGAUCGCUUCAUAGCAAUUUGUUCGCCGCUGCAUUACAAUUCACUUUUCACAAAUACAACUGUUUCUGUGCUUUGUGGAAUAUCAUGGUUUAUGCCCUUUUCGUGGAUGUUUGGUGUAGUUUUAGAUGCAUUGAGUCUACCUUUUUGUAAUUCGAAUAUAAUAGUUCAUUGCUACUGUGACCACAUAUCAAUAUUUAAACUUGGAUGUGAAAAUGCACAUAUUUCUGCAGCUCUGGGAUUGGGCCUUGCAAUGUUCAGUUUGCUGGUACCUCUGGGUUUUAUUAUUUUCUCAUAUUUCAUUAUCAUUGUUUCUGUCCUGAGAAUAUCCUCCUCAGAAGGACGCAUUAAGGCUUUGUCAACCUGCACACCUCAGGUCAUCAUCACCUGCCUUUUCUAUUUUCCAAGGUGUUUUGUGUAUUUGGCAAACUUUGUGGGAUACACUUUCAGUGCCUCGGCUCGUGUAGUUAUUGUGAUGCUUUACAGUCAUUUACCCGCAGCUGUAAACCCGAUAAUAUACUGUUUCAAAACAAAGGACAUCAAAGAAAGCUUAAAAAUAAGAUUUUUCACUGCAAAAAAUUUUAUCACCUCAAAAGUUAGUUGAAUAUUGAUCCAAAUAAGGAGAACCCAGAAGAAAGACAAACACAUUUUAACAAAUGUAGCUUACACAAUAUAUAAUUUUGUAUAUCUUAACUAUGUCAAAAUUGAUGAGUUAUAUAUUUUGAAUAUGAUUUUCUCUAAAAUGAAAUGCAUUAUUGAAUUACUUUGUUUUUCUUUAAUCUUUUAGU